AUCUUCACCGAAGGUUCUCUAAAUACUGUCAAUUUUUUUAUUUAAAUAUUAGCUGAAACCUUUAGCUAAUCUUCUCCAAUUAAUGCUGAAAGGUUAGCUAUUCUACCUGUUACUUCUAACAUCUGGUUAGAAUUCCUUGAACACUAGCCAAAGUUUACCUAAACAUUAGUUAAAAGCUUUAGCUAAUGUUCUCCAAUACCUGCUCUUUCUAACGGUAACCUUUAUCCAUUGUUCCCUGAACACUGAUUAAGGGUAAUUGAACAUUGGCAGUAACCUUUACACAAUGUUCUCCAAACACUGAUAAAACAUUAUUUUAACGUUAACUGUAAUCUUUGGUGUUCUUAAAAGUUAGCCUUAGUUAUAGCCAGUAAUUAGUGAGGCUGCGUUGAUAAUGACCCAUGUGAGUGUGUCCGUACUAAUCAGAUACACUUAAUUUAACUAACACAACAUGCAACCUAAAAAUUAUUGUCGACUGCAAUAAAACGAAAAAAUGGAAAAGUGAAUGAAAGAUCUGUUUAAUUUUCAAACUUGAUUCAAAGUAGAGGUCAGAAAAAUACAAUUACAAAAGUCCCCCAAUUUGCAUAAAAUUGAUCCUUUUGGAAUGUGUUUUCUGAUAAAGCUGAAUGGGAAAAUGUCUUUCUUUCUCAAUGGAAUAUGCAUGCCAGCUAUAUGCACACACACACACACACACACACACACACACACACACACACACACACACACACACACACACACACACACACACACACACACACAUUAUCAGGAGUGUUCUCUCCCCUCUGCCCAGCUUGGGAUUUGCUGGUCAGUGACAUGCCUCCCUCCGCCUGGCUCUUUUUAGCCCCUGAGGAGGCAGGAAUACCGGACGAUUGGGAGACGGGCGUUUCGGGCAGACUGAGCUGGAGGCUGAUAACCCGGGACAGAGGCGGUGACUAGGUGACAAGGAGAGCUGGGGGACGGAGCAGAAAGCCGGCUGAACCGCUACUGCCUUACCUGUCCACAGCUCUGAUUGUCGGACCACCGAGUUGAGCCCCGUGGACACUUCCUCCACCUGAGGACAUGCGUCGUCUGCCUCUGGCCUCCGUCUUCGUGUUCCUCUGGUUGGCCGAGAGGAGCCACUGCACCGGCAGCUUUCAGGACAGCAUGCGGGAGCUCCACAACCGCUUCGCCGUCAGCCUCUACCAGACGCUCACCGAGGCGGAGAACCGCUCCAACCUGAUCGCGUCCCCAGCGAGCGUGUCCCUGUCCCUGGCCCUGCUGCAGCUCGGCGCCAGGGGCAACACCCGGGCUCAGCUGGAGGGAACGCUGGGAUACAACGUGAACGAUGCUCAGGUGCGAGACUUCCUGCUGCACGCCCAGGGCGACGUGAGCAACAGCAGCCAAGGGGCGUGGCUGCAGCAGACCUGCACGCUGUUCGUCCAGAGCGGGGUCCGACUCCUGGCCGAGUUCACGCAGCACGCUGCCGCCUGGGUCGACACCAGCGUGGUGCGAGCCAACUUCAGCCAACCCGGUCUCGCUCGAGGCCACUCAGAGCCAACGGGACACGGCUACGAUGGGUCGGGGUCUCUCCAGUCAGGAAGCAGCAGCGGGGAGAUGUCCGGCUCCGGCGAAGCCCAGGCAGAAGCCCUUUGGUGGGGACAACAGCCUCAGGUGGCCCUGGUCAACACGGUGGCGUUCAGGGGCGUCUGGCAGAAGCAGUUCAUGUUCGGCAACACCCAGAACCUGCCCUUCGUCCUGACUGACGGGAGCGCCGUCAAGGUGCCCAUGAUGUACCAGGCUGGAGAGGUCAGCUUUGGUCAGUUCAGGACUUCAUCGGACCAGCGCUACACCGUGCUGGAGCUGCCGUACCUGGGCCGCGCCCUGAGCCUGCAGGUGGUCCUGCCCAGCGACAGGAAGAGCCCGCUGUCCUCCCUGGAGUCCCAGCUCACCGCCCGCCAGCUGGCCUCCUGGGAGUCCGGUCUGCGGAGGACCAAGAUGGACAUCUUCCUGCCCAGAUUUAGAAUGCAGAACAAGUUCAGCCUGAGGUCAGUGCUUCCUGCUCUGGGCGUCAGUGACGCCUUUAACCCGACGGCAGCCGACUUCACGGGGAUAUCAGCGGAAGAGGGUCUUUAUGUGUCCGAUGCCGUCCAUGAAGUCAGAAUAGAAGUUGCAGAAGAUGGGACGAAAGCAGCUGCUGCAACAGCUAUGGUGCUACUCAAACGGUCGCGCGCUCCCGUUUUCAAGGCGGACCGGCCAUUUUUAUUUCUGCUUCGCCAGGUUAACACAGGUUCCAUCCUGUUUAUGGGCAGAAUAAUGAACCCAGCAGACCAAGGAAUAUAACCCUCCUCAACGCCACCACCCCAAAUCGCACCAAUCCAUGCCAACCAGUUUCACCCUCUGUAUUUAUUUAUGGACCAAACGGAAGAUACGAGGACACUUCAGGAAGAGGGAUGUUAUUUUUGUAAAUACCUGUAAAUAAAAUUUUAAUAUGUUUUUA